AACCCGAUCCCAGCCAUUGAGGGCCUACCUCUACACACCGGCUUUGCAUGUACGCAAUGUGGAUUCCUAACUAGAAGCUGGAAGUGCCUGAAGGUACAUCACAAUCAGGUUCACGGAACGAAGGAGAUAGGACACCGCUUAGGGCUCUGGUCUAGCGUCCUCCUACAGACCUUCUUCACCACUCCCCGGUCGGCCAUCCAUUACUUCUGCGUCACGGCCUCAUCU